AUGCCAGCUGAAAAAGCAGCCCUGGGAUGUUGUAAGCUGAACUUGAUGGGAGAUUCUGGUCAGAGCUCAGAAGACCACAAUGCUGAUAGAAACACAACCAGUGAAGAUUGGGCUCCGGAGGUUUCAGCUGAGAACAAGGCCUGCCCUGGUUGUUGGACUCCAGACCGUGCAUGUUACGCUUUGGCAGAAAACUUCCAGACCAACCUGGUGCCCUAUCCCCGUAUCCACUUUCCCCUGGUGACCUACUCACCCAUUAUCUCAGCUGAGAAGGCCUACCAUGAGCAGCUCUCAGUAUCAGAUAUCACCAAUGCCUGCUUUGAGCCUUCCAAUCAGAUGGUCAAGUGUGACCCUCGCCACGGCAAGUACAUGGCCUGCUGCAUGCUCUAUCGUGGAGACGUGGUUGCCAAGGAUGUGACGGCUGCCAUUGCCACUAUCAAGAUCAAGCGCACCAUCCAGUUUGUGGACUGGUGUCCCACAGGUUUCAAGGUUGGCAUCAAUUAUCAGCCCCCCACCGUGGUUCCUGGAGGUGACCUAGCCCCAGUGCAGCGGGCAGUCUGCAUGCUAAGCAACACCACAGCUAUUGUUGAGGCCUGGUCCCGCCUCAACCACAAGUUUGACCUGAUGUUUGCCAAGCGGGCUUUUGUGCACUGGUAUGUGGGCGAGGGCAUGGAGGAAACAGACUUCUCCGAAGCCCGAGAAAACCUGGCUGCUCUGGAAAGAGAUUAUGAAGAUGUGGCUACGGAGUUUGUGGAAGAGGAAGAUGGGAGCGGGGAGUACUAGGCGGUCUCAACACCUGCAGUGCCUGACCUUCACUCUCUGUCUUGUAACACUGCUUCCUUGUUUCCACAAUGCCCUGCAAAUACACAUGUGUCCCAAACACCAUGGCACUCUGUCCAGGCACUGGACCUUCCUAACAGCCUUUGCUGUCACCCUGAGCAGGGGCAGGCUGGCCUCUGUCUCCAGGGACCCCAGCUGGCAGUGUCUGAGGAGUGGCGCUGCACCCACCUGAGAGCAGACCGCCUGACACCUGUGUACGCUUCAGCCCUGGGCUGUGCUGCUGUGACUUCCUAGGGGACCCCAAGAACCCCCUGUGCCCAGCCCACCCCAAGGAAGGGUAAACCUAGAGAGGCCAUGAAAGUUCUCUGCCCCUACCGUUCAGGGGCAGAAACUGCUCCAUUGCAAUGCCUGCAGGGAAUCAAGCCUUGUUAACCUGUCUCCCUCCUCUUGGCCAUCAGAGGGAGAAGAGAUUGAUGCCUCAGUCCAAUCUGGAGCCACUACCUUAGAAUUUGGGGCUCUACCCCAUACCUUAUAAAGCCAUAGGGUCCAGGAAACAAGAUUCCUGAAAACAGGGUCUUUAGCAUGGGGCCUGUGGUAGCUCCACAUAUGGAUUAACCCUGUAUGUGGGUAAUAUUUUAAAGUGCUUAUGUGCCUUUUAUGGAAGAAAAUCUUUUAUUCUCCGAGGAGUCCUGGUGAGGAAGUUAGGAACCAUCUUUCUCAGGACAAGCUGUAUCGGUCACAGGUGGUCUUCAGACCUCAGUGUGUUUGUGUGUAAAUGGUUCUGGCAGUGGCGAAGGCUGGGCAGAGGGCACUUGUAGCACAGCCCAGGCUUCUCUUUAAUAGUGUACUUGACAAGUGGCAGAGGCCUGGAAGAGGCGGCAGAUUUGUGCUUUCUGAAAAGGUCAGGACUCUCCAUAGCCAGCGCUGCUCCUGUCGGGGUGAUCCAGCCAGAAGGGCCCCCACUCUCUGCCUGGAUGUACCUACUGAGGCUUCGCCACUCCUCCUAGCGUGUGACUUGGGACUGGCUCUGCUCCCCCAGCCAAAGAACCAGUGAGUCUUGAGGCUCCCUCAGAAUGUGCCCUGUGGCCCUGCUUUGGGUUCUGGAGACUAGUUGCUAGCAUCAUUCUAGAGGCUGAGUCCCUCCAUCUGUGAGCCUUGCCUGAUUGAUGCCCCUUGGGGCUGGCUGAUAGGAUGGAGGCCCAGACCCACAGGUUUCACCGCUAGCAUAGAGGUGCAUGCAUUGGAUAGGGCUGAUGGGCUUAUGCAAUUAUCCAGGCCAGGCAGUGCAUCUCUGUCCAUUUUCCUUUUUAUAUUUCUAUUUUUUGUGAGGAUUGAGGAUUUUUAUUUUUUCUGAGGACUG